AUAUGAGAACUCAUAUGAAAUAUGAAGCUAGUCUCUUCCUUACGUAAAUUCCUCUCAAAGCAACAGCCCUUUCUCUUUCACACACAAAACAGUGUCAGCUGUCUGUUUUCAUACUCUGAUAGCCUCUUCUUUAAACCAUCUCUCACUCACUCUCCUUUCUAUAUUCUCUUUCAAGCCAUUCUUUUUUCUCCUCAAUAUCUUAAGCCAUGGCUUUAGUUACGAAAGAAACGUCGCUUUUUCUUCUCCGUCUUCUUCUCGUAUUAUCAAUAUUUUUCAUAACCCCAUCAAAUUCAGCUACUGAUACCUUCGUUUUCGGGGGUUGUUCGCAGCUGAAAUACAUGUCAGGCUCACCUUAUGAGUAUAACGUUAACUCGAUACUCAAUUCCCUAGUUAACUCAGCCACGUUCACCUCUUACAACAACUUCACCGUGCCAGCAGCUGGCUCCUCCUCUCAGGACACCGUCUACGGUCUGUUCCAGUGCCGCGGCGACCUCAACAACGGUGACUGUGGCCGCUGCGUUGCUAAAGCAGUGAGUCAACUCGGUACUCUUUGCCUUGACUCGACGGGUGGCGUCUUGCAACUCGAAGGGUGUUUCGUUAAAUAUGAUAAUACAACUUUUAUGGGCGCGGAGGACAAGACUGUGGUGGUGAAAAAAUGUGGACCGUUGAUUUCGUCUUACUCCGAUGCGUUGACUCGGCGUGAUGCGGUGCUGGGUUACUUAUUAGCGAGUGAUGGGACCUACAAACCGUUCCGGGUUGGCGGGUCAGGAGAUUUUCGUGGUAUGGCACAGUGUGUAGGGGAUUUAAGUCCGAGCGAGUGCCAAGAUUGCUUAUCAGAGGCGAUCCAACGGCUCAAAACCGAGUGUGGCGCAGCCAGGUGGGGUGACAUGUACUUGGCGAAGUGCUACGCUCGGUACUCGGUAGGUGGAGACCACUCGCACGGCGAAAAAGAUACUAAUAAUGAUGAUGAUGAGAUUGAAAAGACACUAGCAAUUUUAAUUGGUCUCAUUGCUGGAGUUGCUCUGAUCAUAGUAUUUGUAUCCUUCUUAUCAAAACUGUGUGAGAAAGGCAAAGGUGGUAAAUAAAUGAACAAACAACACUUUCUGGAUCUCAUGAAACAAGUGAAAAGAAAGUUACAGUAAGAUGAAAAAAGCCUAAAGACUCUGAUUCCACUUGAGCUUUUCAACCAUGUCUAGAGCUUGUUUUUGAGUGUAUAAUGAGUGAACACUUUUAUGAAAAGUGCUCUUUCUAGUGCUGUAGUUAGUGCAUUUGUUGGGUGUUAUUAGAGCUUUUGCUUUCCAGUUUAUAUGGUUGGCAAAAGCUUGAAUUCAUCUAUACCUUAGAUUAAACUUACAUAUAAUUUCUGUCAAUUCAAUGUUCAAUUUGCUUUGAUAUUUGCAACACUACUUGUUUGAUGUUUCCACGUAAUCUCCCCAUAGAAACAUAUGCACUUACCGUUGAACCAAAUAUUCAGGCACUAGUGAUAGCUAAGUAGGCAACUGAUGUGUAGUUCGAGGCGUAUGAUAAAAACAUAUUGAAUUAAAUCAAACGUCCAUGAACAAAAUUUGUAGAUUUACAUGAAUGAAUUGAUUUGUGAA